AUAAAGUCAAGGGUACUGUCAAACCCAAGCACAACAUGUCUAGUCCGGCCAAAAAGCGCAAGAGAGAUGUCCCAGUCUCAUCCCCCCAACGCAACCGAAGCAUAGCGUCAUUCUUCAAGGGCCAAGCAGCCAAGCAAGCGGAGCAGACUCCAUCAACUGUGUCUGAAGAUACAGAUCAAACCCUCUCCGAUGAAGCUCUCGCCCGCAAGCUUCAGGAAGAAUGGAAUCGACAAGAUGCUGCCCUGGCUUCAGAAACUCAGACACCAACUGGUGAACCGAUUGCGACGCCGUCGAACACCAAAGACGAAUAUGAACAACCGCCAAACAAGACACAGAAGAGAAGUACACUAUCAUUGCAGCCUUCUACCGGCACAGAAGAUACCGUUUCUCUUGCAGUGCCUUUUGAUCAGAGUCCCUUAACGUUCGACUCCACGAAAUAUGCAGAGGAGUUAAAAGGGCACUGGGCUGCCACAGGUGGCGAUGCUUCAUAUGCCCUCUUAACCAGAGCCUUUGUACUUGCAAAUGCCACCACAAGUCGCAUUAAAAUUGUAGACACACUUGUCAACUUCCUGCGGGUGCUCAUUGAAGCCGACCCUUCGAGCGUCCUCCCCGCAGUAUGGCUAGCAACCAACUCAAUCUCUCCACCGUACGAUGAGUUGGAGCUAGGACUCGGUGGAUCUUCGAUUUCAAAGGCAUUCAAGAAGAUCUAUGGACUCAAUAGCCAAGGCCUCAAAUCGCUCUAUGAUAAACUUGGAGACGCCGGUGAUGUGGCGUUCGAAGCUAAAAAGAGACAGAGCUUCACUCUAAUGAAACCCAAGCCAUUGACGGUCAAGGGAGUAUAUCAGUCACUGCAAAAGAUUGCCAUCAGCAAGGGCACAGGGAGCCAGGAAAAUAAACAGAGAAUCGUCGAGAAACUGUUACAAGAUACUAGGGGCGCGGAAGAGAGCCGGUAUAUUGUGAGGACUCUCGUCCAAAACUUACGCAUAGGAGCUGUGAAGACUACCAUGCUCAUCGCACUCGCACGCGCUUUCCUGUACUCUAAGCCGGAUGGCGCCGAUUUUGCUAUCCGUUCGCAACAAGAGCUGGCUCGUCUCAAGAAGGAAGGCCUGGCUGAGGUUUACAACAAUGCAGAAGAGGUUGUCAAGGCAUCAUAUGCUAGACACCCUGAUUACAAUGAUCUGGUUCCCUGUUUACUCGAGAUAGGGGUCACGGAAGAACUCCUUGUACGAUGUGGCCUGCAGCUUCAUGUACCGUUGAGGCCAAUGUUAGGCAGCAUCACUCGGGACCUCUCUGAAAUGCUGACGAAACUUCAAGGACGGGAUUUUACCUGCGAAUACAAAUAUGACGGGCAGCGUGCCCAGGUGCACUGUGAUGAGGCUGGCAAAGUUACCAUAUUCUCCCGUCAUCUUGAAAAUAUGACAGAGAAAUACCCGGAUCUGGUGUCUCUGGUUCCUCAGAUUAGAGGCGAGAGCGUGUCGAGCUUCAUACUUGAGGGUGAAGUAGUCGCUGUUGACCAGGAAACGGGAGAACUCCAAGCCUUUCAGGUUUUGACCAACCGCGCCAAAAAGAACGUUGAUAUAGGGACCAUCAAGAUUAAUGUUUGUCUCUUUUCGUUUGACCUGAUGUAUCUGAACGGAACCCCUCUGUUGGAUCGAUCUUUCCGCGAACGUAGAGAGCUUAUACGAAGCUUAUUCGUGGAAAUCCCCAACCGGUUCACAUGGGUGAAGAGUAUUGAUGCCACAUCUGCCGAUUCUGAGGCCGUUCUGGAAUUUUUCAAAAGUGCAACAGAUACCAAGUGCGAAGGCAUCAUGGUCAAGGUGCUUGACAAUGCGUCGAAGUCAAAUGACCUGGAACCAUUGGAGAUCCCAAACAACGACAUAAACAAGCCUGAGCCAAAACCCACGAAAGGAGGCCGCCGAAAGGCCUUACUUUCCACAUACGAACCAGACAAACGACUCGAAUCAUGGCUAAAAGUCAAAAAGGACUACAGCACCUCAUCCGAAACCCUCGAUCUGAUCCCCGUAGGGGGCUGGCACGGACAAGGCCGAAAGGCCAAAUGGUGGUCACCCAUCCUGUUAGCCGUACGGAAUCCCGAAACCGGCAGUCUCGAGGCCGUCACAAAGUGCAUGUCCGGCUUCACGGACAAGUUCUACCAGGCCAACAAGGAUAAAUACACAGAAGGCAGCGCCAACGUGAUCUCACGGCCAAGCUAUGUCGAAUACUACGGCGAGCCGGACGUCUGGUUCGAGCCGCAGGAGGUGUGGGAGAUGGCCUUUGCCGAUAUCACGCUCAGCCCGACUUACACGGCUGCCAUCGGACUAGUGAGCGAUGAACGAGGUCUUAGCCUUCGGUUUCCCCGAUUUCUUCGCGCCCGGGAGGACAAGUCUAUUGAUGAAGCUACCACGUCGGAUUACCUAGCCUUGCUGUGGAGGAAGCAAUUCGAACGUUCCCAAAAAGAAGAAGCAGAAACCCCUGCUCCAGAUGCUGAGUUAGGUUGGCAGGAGGAAUGAAUGCGACGCGAUUCAGCAAUGUAUCUGAUAAUGUAUUGGUUGGAUCACCCGUAAACGGGCAAUGUAUUUGGCAUAGUAUAUUGCCAUAAUAAUUCUAUCUUGGCUGAAAAGCAUAUUAUAUAU